AACUGGAGGCAUACACCCCGGUCUCAGGUGGCACCGUGGCAGACGACCUUUUGAGAAUCAGGCGAGGGGGAGAGAGAGAGGGAGAGUGAGGGAGAGAGAGAGAGAGAGAGAUGAGUGCAUUAGCGUCGUACCUGUCGAGGAGAGCAGCGCAGAAGGAGAGAGUGAGGCUGCUGUACAGAAGGGCUCUCAAAGAGACUCUCAAUUGGGCCGUUCAUCGUCAUCUCUUCUACCAAGACGCUUCGGACCUGCGCGAGAGGUUUGAUGCGAAAAAAAAUGUGGAUGAUCUCGAUACAAUUGAUAGAAUGAUAGCUGAUGGUGAAGCACAAUAUAAUAAGUGGCGGCACCCUGAUCCUUAUAUUGUUCCUUGGGCUCCAGGUGGUUCCAAGUUCACACGAAACCCGACACCACCUUCUGGGAUUGAGAUAGUAUAUGAUUAUGGUCGAGAAGAUAACGAUUAAAGCUAGCACCUUUCCAGUGGCACAAAAUAAAGAUUGAGAGAUGAUGUAUGAUGGCUGGUGAAGAAGAUGAUAGUCUGGUCUUCUUCUUCUUCUUUUUUAAAAAUUUUAUUAAAGUGAAAUGCCAACUGUAGCUUUAAACAAUUGAGAACCGAUCAGUAUCAGUUUGCUUCUCAAUUGCUUUGUAUCUUCUUUGUUGUAUUGAGAUGGGACGUUGGGUGAUGACAGAGAGUACCAACCGGUUGCUGGACUUCCAUGUAUCCUUUUUAAGUUGUGAACUUCAUUUUGGCCCAUAGGGGAAACCCCUUUCCUCAUUCUGAUGAA